AUGGAUGACAUAUUCACAAACCCUUUUAGUGAUAUGUAUGGUUUCACUGUAAGCUCAGGAGGAUCAGGAAAUCCAGAAAAUGAUGAUUCUACAUCAAACAAUACCAACACAAAUCAAAUCAAAGAGAAAAGGAAGGAAGCAUGGGAAUCAGAAAGCGCGUUUGGAACUUUUAAUCGUCCUCCAAAGUUAAUGGCUAUUGAAGAUUAUACAAGAUGGGCAAUAAAAUUUGAAGAAUGGCUGAUGGCGUUUGCUUUCCCCAGCUGGAAAAGCAUGAAAACUGGGUAUGCUGCGGGUAAAAACAAUGGUGAAGUAUUGAGAAGUAAUGAAGAGAUUGAUCUAUUCGUUGCUGAACAGAAAUGUGUAGCACUACUAUUUCAAUCUGUCAGGGAAGAUAUUAUUUCACUAAUCAGCUACACCAACGCCAAAGAUUUGUGGGAUAAACUGGGAAAGAAAUGUCUGGGAAGUAAAGAAAUCUUAAAGAACAAAACUAAACUACUAAAAAAGGAGUUUGAUAUGUUCAGUUGUUUCAAAAAUGAGUCAGUCUGCAAGAUGAUCGAACGUUUUGGUCAUCUUAAAUUGGAACUUGCACGUCAUGAUAUCAAAUAUCUUGAUGAGGAGAUAGUUGAUAAACUGUUCGAUUCUUUACCAGAUGAAAUGGACUGGAGGUACUAUGCUUUGAUGUUGAAAAACACCAUUCCGCCAGAAGAACUAAAACCAGAUGUAGUGAUUGAACGACUGGAAAGCCAUGAGCUAGAAUUGAAGAAAACAUACAAAGUCAAUCAUUCAUAUCAACAAAAUCCAGAACUAUACUAUCCCAAAAGUUUGAUGCCCAAAGCCUCAUCACCGAAAACAGCAUUUUCUGCCGAAAACUUAUCUCCAGCUCCUAAAGAAAAUCAAAGCAACUCAAACAAAGAAAGUCACAGUGGAUAUCAUAGUGGGUCUACUUCUAUUCCUACUACCUCGACAAAUCGUUCUGAUUCAAAGUUCUCAUGUAAUAUUGCUGUUGAUCUGAAGAAUGCACAAAACUUUGAUGAAGAAUCUGUGAAGCAACAGAUGGUGUUUCUAGCAUCUGUGCUAGAAUCAUAUGAGGGGCUGAUUGCUGGAAAGAUUGGGAAUACUAAUCUGACCAAAGAAGACUAUGAUCAGAUAGAUCCCGAAGAGAUGGAGUCAAUUGAUAUCCAAUGGGCAAUGGCGAGUGCAGUGCGACGUGCACAACGCUUUAUGGAGAUAACGGGAAGAAAAACAAUCGGUGGUCCUUCAACAAAACUGGGAUUUGAUAAAUCAAAGGAUGACUACUACAAGAGAGCUAUCUAUCAUCAGAAUAAGUCUGAACCGCCAAGAAUAAAGCAAUCUGAAGACAACAAAGGAAAAUCUAGAGCUUUGGCAGUGAUUUACGAUGAUGAAGGAUAUGAUUGGAGUAAAGAAGUAUUACCUGAAGAUGAUGCUAUUGGUUAUGCUUUUAUGGCGAGUCAUAAUGAACCAAUUCAAUGGAAGGAUAAUCGUACAGAACAACAAAAGUACGAAUAUCGAAAAAUGGUUGCUGAAGCAAAGAUCAUCCGACUCUCAGGUGUUUAUGAGGAAGCAACACGUGCAAACCGAUGGGAUCCAGAUAGAGAGUGUUACUUGGAUGUAUAUGGUAACAUUGCUGUCGACUACAAGAAGAUAGACAUUGAAGCCAUUAUCCAAGAAUACAAAGAAGAGGAUGAGUACUGGCAACACAAAUGGUGGGGUACACCAACAUCGAAAAUGAUCGAGGAAGAAAGAGAGAAAGAAAGAAGAGAAAAGGAGAAGAUAGAAGAACCUGUGAAAAUUGACACCGGGAUGAUCAACACUGCACAGGAGAUGACAGCUGAAAACUUGAGAGAAAUGGCUGAUAAAGUGCUUGCUGUCAAAGCACUUGAGGUAGAUUCUACUCCUAAUUCCGAGUCAAAGAAACAGGUCAGUCAAACUAAGUCAUCAACUGUGUCAGGUAACAAAAACAAUUGCAAUGCUGAUUGCAAAAGUUGUAACAAACAAUGCAACUUUUGUACAACUGUCACAUACCUCAAUGGGGAGAAAAUCAAGAAUCUGACAGAUAAUGUUAGAAAACUUGAAAGUCAAAUUCUUGAUUGUGACAAAGAACUUUGGGGAUCGUUUGACAUGAGAAAUGAAUCUGAUGAGGAAGAAGAUUUCUUUGAUGAGCUGGAUGUUUUUCGAGAAUAUGAAUCAUCACUCAGAUUUCCAGCAGAAUAUACGAGAAGAUCUAGUGAAACAUCAAAUGACAAUGAAGCAGGUCCUAGCAAUACUGGUGAUCAUGAGGAUGAAGGUGCUCCUGGUAAUGAGUCAGUGGUAAAUGAUAAUCAAGAAGCUGAAAAUAUGCCAAUGUUUGAUGAUAGUGAUUCAGACCUUGAUGGGGAGCAAAUCCAGGUAUUAAGUCAAACAAACCAAGUUAGUGAGCAAGAUGCUGAACAGAAUGUUACAAAUCUAGAAGGAAAUGUAGAUGUUCCAGACGAAGUGAUGCCUCGAACUCUUUCGUAUCAUCCAGAGGAACAGAUUAUAGGAGAUUUGCAAUCAGGAGUUCGCACCAGACAUCAACUUGAUCAGGGCCUUUCAAUGGUUGAUGGAAUUGUUAGCGUUGAUGCAGAAACCACUGUGGAUGAUGAUGAUAAACAAUCUGCAAUGGGACGAGGAAGAGACACUAACAAAGGACACAAUGUUCCAUCUGCAAUUGAUGAGGUCUCUACAAAAGGAACAGAAGCAGAAAAAAUGGCUGAGUGCUUAAGAAAAAGCAGAAUUGCUAAGGCAUUGUCUGAUACAACACUAGUUUAUGAAUCUCAUGUUAGAAGAUUUUGGGACACUGCAAGGUUUGAAGAAAAGGAUAAUAAAAUUCAUGCAGUAGUCAAAAAGAAAGAUAAAAACAACAAGGAUAUUGAUGUUGAAGUAGUGUUUGGAGUAGAGGACAUAAGAAGGGUUCUUGAUUUACAAGAUUCUGACAAUGAUCCAACGAUCAUGUCAGAACGUCUAGCUAAAGGGCUAUGGUGUAGAUUGGGAUUUUCUUCACACAUCAACGGAAAAAUGUUCAAAAGAAGUUUCUCGAGUCAAUACAGAUACUUAAUGCAUUGCUUAGUGCAUUCCCUAUCUCACAGAAAGGGAGCCUAUGAUGAGGUGUCUGACUACAUAAUGAACAUUGUUGUAAAAAAUUGCUUAGCCGGGAAAGACAAAUACAUUAUGUACCCAAGAUUCAUUAUGAUGAUCUUGGAUGACAAAGUUAAGAAUUUGCCAAAGAAUAAUGAUGAUAUUAUGGCAAUGGCUGAAGUGAAUAAGACUGCUAUUCUGAGAAUCACAAAGGAGAAGGAUGCUAAAACAAAAGAGUUGAUCUGUGCAUUAAAGGAUGAAGCAUACGUAGCUCCUGAAAAUGAUAAAUGGAGACAUGACAAUAGUGAUUCAGACAAUGAAGACAAUAAGAUGAGUGAAAUGAUUGAAAAGAAAACCAGAUGGUGGUGUAUCAAAGAUGGAAAGAGAAAGAGAACACCAAAGUCGACCCCUGUGGUUGUAAUUAAAGAAACAGCAAAGGGGUCUUCUGAAGAACCUCAAAGAAAGCUAAUAGAUGAACCUGUCAUAGAACCAAGGGAGGUGGUUGAUAAAGGUGUUGGUUUAAAAGAGACUUUGGAAAGCUAUUUUAAAAAGCAUGAAGAGGCUGAACAAGCACAAGCUCAAAGGAAAGUUGGUCAAGAAGAGGAAGCUGAAAAGAACUCCAGUAAUGAAGAUUCAGAAGAAACUUUAUCUGAAUCUGAACUGGUCAAAGAGACAGUGGGAAAAGGAAAGGUACAACUGAAGAAAAGACCUUUAAAGAAAAGAAAGAAUUCUGAAGAUGAAGAUUCACCGUACAAUCCUGAGGAUUCCCAGAAAAACCGAAAGAAAAGAAAAGCUACUCGCAGCGGUGAUAUUCCAAGAGUGGUUAGAGCAAAGAAACAGAAUGCUAUAUCACAAAAAGAGAAGGAAGGGAAGAAGAAACAGGACACUGCUGAAUCAAGUCCUGUGGUUGAGAUACCAAAAGAAGUUCCUUUAACAGAAAUUCCAAUAGAAACACAUGAUGAUUAUGUGGAGAUCACCGGAGUUAAAUCUACUAAACAAACAUCUGAUCGUCAUGAUAUUCCAGAAUCAUCACAACGAAAGACAGAUUAUUUCAACUUAGAUUUUGAUAGCCUUGGUGGUGCUACUGGAGAUUUCUUUCAAGAUAUGCCAGAGAGUGAAGGAGACCUAUUUCAUGAUAAAAAGAUGAAAGAAUUGGAAGAAAAAGUUAAAGUCUUGGAAAAGGAAAAGGAAGAAAACGAAGCUGUGCAAGUAAAGUUGAAGGAAAUGAUUGAUGAGUUGGAGAAACGGCAUGAAGACGUAAUGGAUGCAGUGCUUACAAAAGAUGAGAAAUUGAAUGAAAUGAAGGAAGAUAUAAAAGAUAAUGCAGAAAUUAUUAGCACACUUACUGAUGAAAUUGCUGCAUUGAACGCCAAAGUCAAAGACUUGCAGAAUAUCAAUCAGACUCUGAAUCAACUCUUAAAUGAGGUGAAUGAAGCUUCGACAAAUGAAAUGAAGGCAAUGAAGCUAGAGAUGGAAGCUAUGAGAGCAGAUAAGGUGAUGAAAGAUAAGCAACUGGAAAUGCUUACGGCUGUGAUUGAAGCACAUCUGAAGGUGAACAUCCACGAGGCUUUUGAUCAAGUUGACAUUAUCAAAGCAAAUGAAAGAAGGAAAGAAAGAGAAAGACAGCUUGCUGAAGAAGCUAAUCUGAAAAAUAAAGGCAUAGCAGAAGAAGUUGAAGUUGUUGGAUCUUCACAAAAUCAACUUGAGGUAGGUGGAUCAUCUUCUCAACCAGAAAUUGAAAUGGUGGAUGCUCAAGAUGUUACAGCAAAUGAUGAAGAAAUGGUGGAAGCAGAAAAUGAAGCAGUUCAUGAACCAGAGUUUAUUAUGAUUGGUGAAUCUGUAGAGCCUAUUAUUCCGGAGAAUGUUUUGAGAGACGUUCAAAUCAUACAAAGAAAGAAAAAGGCUAAAGAAGUAUUACUACUGGAGUACUCUACCGACAAGUUUGUAUUAGUUGGAAAAGCCUAUAGAGUGCCCUAUAGUGAAGAAGAAUCUGCCAAGCUGUUAAGAUUUCAUGAAUUAAAGGAUCAAGGGAAGAUAGCUAGAGGAGAAGUGGAAGAAGAAGAAUCUGAUAGUGAUUUUUGGGAGGAAGAAGAUGAAGAUGAUGAUAAAGAUGAUAAAGCAGACGAUAAAUCCGAUGAUGAUGAUAAGCCUGAUGAUGAUGAUGAUGAUCAAGGCACAUCGGGUUUGCUAAUCAAUGAUCCAUCCGUUCAAGAUAAAGUAAAUGAACUCAUGAAUGAUGAAGUGAAUGAACAGAAUGAUGAUGCAGAGUGUGAAGGGUCAUCUUCUGGAAACCAAUCUGGUGAUCAGGUACAUCAACUCACAUCUACUUUUAUUUCUCUUUCUGAAUAUCAUCAAGGAGAAGUAGAUAUUAUCAGAACAAGAUCUGAAAUGCUUGAAGAGUUGGGGUUAGAAGAUGGGAAGUUUAAAUUUGAUAUCGAAGAUGAAAUCCCAGAGUCUCCGAUCAAAAACUUUGAACCACAAUUUCCACUUGAAGCAGAAUUUUAUGAUAAUGUGACCAUAGAGACUGAUUCAGAUUCGGAAGAAGAAAGAAUAGAUUUUCACUAUGAAGGUGAAGACAUGGCAUUUCCUACAUUCACAGAGUUAUUUGAAGACAUGAAUGCAGAAUUAUUGAAAAGAAAAAUUGAAGAAAGAGUUGCAUCUGCUGAUAUGCCUGAACCAGUUCCAAGAGAAAUUUCUGCUGAAGAGAGAAAGAAAUGGUUCAGAUCAAUGCCAAAGGAAAGAAAGCCUCUUAGAGCCCUACAGUAUUUUACUCAUGAUAAAGACUUAUCUUGGGGUGAUAUUCUUUCUUGGGGGUAUCUGGAAGACUUGAAUGUGUAUGCAAUUCGAAGAGAGCAAGGUGUUCAAUACUUCAGGUGCAUUUCUGAUCUUGCUACCUUACCUUGGUGGGACGUAGAUGAAUUGGUGGUUACAAAGAAUAUUAAACAACACUACUACGGUCCUGAAGUAAAACAGAGAGACCAGAAGCUGUGGAAUUACAUCAAGUAUCAAGCAACGAUCAAUUAUCCAGAUUGGAAACCACAGUUUCCUAAAAGAAUUGUGAAGUAUACAGCUAAAGGUGAGAAGGACGUUACUCUUGAUGUCAAACCGCCAAAGUGUUUGAAGAGCAUGCCUUUAAGGGCUAUUGAGCAGGAUUUCUAUGAUUUGUUUCAAGCAUGGCUCUAUAAUCCUUCUACUGCUGAAGCUGUGAUCUCUUUGUACGAUAAAGACGCUGGUGAAGCUAGGAAGAUUUGUAUUCUAGACCCGAUGUGGCUGGUAAAUUGCUCAAAGAAAGACAUAGAUUGCUUGUUUGUCAACAAGAUAAUCUAUGACAAGAAAGACAAAGCCAUUGCUCAGCAGUACCAGAGUGUAGUUGAUGUCUGUUUUGCUAAAGAAAUCAACUCUGGUAAGAACUGGAAAACCUCAUGGAGAGAUAUAGAGGUUGAUGAGUUUCUAAAGGUGUACAAGAGAAGUUUAAGAUCCAAGGAAAUUCAGAGAAAAGCUGCUGAAAGAGGAAGACGAAAUCUUGGAUUUGUACCUCCUACUGAUCAGACACCCAUAGAGUCUGAAGAGAACAAGAUCCCUAAGUGGGACAGAAAAAGAGAUGGAGAUCCAGUGUACAGAAAUUGGUGGAUAACAGAGGGAAGACAUAAGAGAAGACAAAUGUUAGCUGAACGAGAAGAGAAGAGAAAACAAAAGGCACGAGAUAGAAGACGCAACAGGAGGUAA